AUGAAGUUAAGAUCCAUUAUAGUUGCAUUGUCUACUCUGUCAGUGUGCCUAGGACAAGGUGAAAAUUCGACAGGAAACAGAUCUGAGGUCGAUGCCAAGUCAGUAUUCCAACCACCAGUGGUUAACAAUGGAAGCUUCUUCUGUACGAUCGAUAAGGACGAAUUGGUGAGUCCCACUUGCGAUGUGACUUUCAAAGAGAUAAACGAAAUUAAUGGGAAGAUACGGAAGGAUCUGGUUUCACUGGUGGGGACUGAUUUCUUCAAGUAUUUCAAGCUAGAUCUUUACAAGCAAUGUGCAUUUUGGGACGAUAAUAACGGAUUUUGUGUCAAUAGGGCAUGUGCCGUGGAUGUGGUGGAAGACUGGGAUAAUUUGCCCGAAUACUGGCAGCCAGAGGUCCUCGGUGGGCUAGAUAAGGUGAACGGGACGAGUGGCAGCGACGACGAGUGUAAAUUUUUGCAGGACCUGUGCGGCGGUGCGGACGGAAGCGCCAAGCAAACAGAGCCAGAUAUCGAUUAUUGUGAUAUUGGAGACUUUAUCAACUCUCAGGCGGUUCUGGUAGAUCUUUCCGCGAACCCAGAGAGAUUCACUGGCUACGGUGGUCAGGAAUCGGCGCUGAUCUGGUCCAGUAUCUACCGUGAAAACUGUUUUUCGCCUGGUGAGAUGGGCCAGUCUUUGGCGAAGAGCGUGUUCUACAGGUUGGUGUCGGGUCUCCAUGCAUCAAUCGCCACCCACCUUUCAAAUGAUCAUUUGAAUACGGAGACGGGAAAAUGGGAACCAGAUUUGGAGCUGUUUAUGGCCAGGGUGGGAAACUUCCCCGAACGUGUUGCUAACGUCUACUUCAACUACGCUGUUGUAUCGAAGGCGCUGUGGAAAAUCAAGCCCUAUUUGAGUCACCUAAGUUUUUGUAACUCAUACAACCAGGAUGUGAAAUCCAUGAUAAUGAAUAUUCUCUCUCGGCUGGAUAGCAAUGUCUUCAAUGAGGACUUGAUCUUUGAGGAUGAACUCAGUUCCAAGGUUAAGGAUGAUUUCAGAGCAAGAUUCAAGAAUGUGACCAAGAUUAUGGAUUGUGUCCACUGUGACAGAUGUAGACUAUGGGGCAAAGUACAAACUACGGGCUAUGCCACCAGUUUGAAGAUAUUGUUCGAGUUAGAUGACGGUGACGAAGAGUCAAAGCAACAGGUUGUCGAUAAAUUGACGAAGUACGAGUUGAUCGCAUUGUUUAAUACCUUUGACCGUUUGUCAAAGUCUAUUGAAUCGAUCAAUAAUUUUGAGAGACUUUACGAGAUACAAGCGGCCGGAGGGAAGCUAGCUUCGUUCUUCCAGAACAAUAACUUCUUCAAGCUUCUAAAGAAGGCUCGUAAUAGUAUCAAAGACUCCGUUCAGGCCAUCAACAGCAGCAUAAAUUCCAGCUCAUCCGAAGAUGAGAGGCCGGUUUUUGCCGAUUUAAGAAUGCCUGAGAAGUCUGCGGCUAAAAAUACUGAGCAAAUCGAGAAUAAGUGGAAGAAGGCUUGGCAUACAGAAACCCAUAAUGUACUAGAGGCCCUAAAGUUCAUUUACCGCAGCUACCUCGACCUACCAAGAAACUUAUGGCAUCUGCUACUAUCCACUUCUAAUAGACUGUGGAACAAGUUUCUGGGCAUACAGUACCUAAGCGAAGAGGACGACAGCGUUAUGUACAAGCUGGACAUAAUAUAG